AUGAGACAUCAUCACCAGACACAGAGUCCAGACCUUAACCCCAUUGAGAAUCUUUGGGAUGUGCUGGAGAAGACUUUGCGCAGUGUGUUUGCAACAGUCAUCUUCUUUGCUUUUCGUAAAACUGCAAUAGUUAGAGCCAAUAACUCAGAGCUGAGUUUCCUGCUGCUCUUCUCAUUAAAAUUGUGUUUCCUUUGUUCUCUUACUUUCAUUGGUCGGCCCUCUGAGUGGUCCUGUAUGUUGCGUCACACAGCGUUUGGGAUCACCUUUGUUCUCUGCAUCUCCUGUGUUCUGGGGAAAACAAUAGUGGUGUUAAUGGCCUUCAGAGCCACUCUUCCAGGCAGUAAUGUCAUGAAGUGGUUUGGGCCUCUGCAACAGAGACUGAUCAGUGUUCUUGGCUUCACUCUCAUACAAGUCUUUAUUUGUGUUCUGUGGUUGAGUAUAUCACCGCCUUUUCCUUUUUAAAACAUGAACCUUUAUGAGGAAAGGAUUAUUCUAGAGUGUAAAGUAGGAUCAACUAUAGGUUUCUGGGCUGUAUUAGGCUAUAUUGCUGCGGUCUUGUGUUUCGUACUGGCCUUGUUAGCUCGCAAAAUACCUGAUAACUUUAAUGAGGCCAAAUUUAUCACAUUCAGCAUGCUGAUAUUCUGUGCAGUUUAGAUCACUUUUAUCCCAGCUUACAUCAGCUCUCCUGGAAAAUGUACAGUUGCAGUAGAAAUAUUUGCCAUUUUAGCUUCUAGUUUUGGAUUGCUUUCGUGCAUCUUCUUUCCCAAGUGUUAUGAUAGAUAG